AUGUGCAUUUUGUUAUCUACCACCGAACAUCCAGACUAUCCGUUCAUCCUUUUGUCCAACAGAGAUGAGUACUUCACGAGACCUACUCAAGCUGCCCAUUUUAGAUCGUUUGAUGGUACCAUGAAGAUUUUAUCUCCUCUUGAUAUGGCUAGACCUGAACAUGGCACUUGGAUAGGAGUAACCACAUCGGGAAAGGUUGCUGUUCUAGUCAAUUAUCGUGAGAUAGAUCACGCUCACCUGCUAAGUGAGGUAUCCAGAGGCAUAUUACCAUUAGAUUAUCUUUGCACGAAUAAACUGGCCGAUAAAUGGCAUAGAACCCUCGAAUCGUCGUUGAGCCACGUUACCAGGGGCAAAGUAGAGUUGAGUCAGAUCGGCGGGUUUUCACUUGUGUAUGGACAAUUGUCCAUUGAUCCCAAGACAGGCAAGCUUAACCACUUGAAUAUACUAAGCAACAGAGGAGACCAUGGCAAGAUUCAUGCAUCUGCGAAAGAUAAUUCCAACGAAGAAAGAGAAGAAAAAGAAGAAGCAGAUGAAGAAGAAGAAGAUGAUGAUGAAGAGGACGACUUGCACGGUGAUAUAAGUAACAAGACCACAUUUGGCUUAUCCAAUUCAUUGUACUACGAACCUUGGAAGAAGGUCAAGCUUGGUGAGGAGCUCUUACAUGAGUUGGUAGAGAAGUCUAAAGAAAUGAAGCUUUCGCAGGAAGCUCUAGUUUCUGAAUGUUUCAAGUUGCUUAGUCAUAAUACUUACGACAAGGAAGUAGCCAAGCAGAAGGAUUUUUCCAAAAAGAUUACAGAACUUAGAAACUCGAUAUACAUCCCCCCAUUAGAAACCUACAUUAGCCCCAGUGCCAGAUUGCUUACUGCUGGAAAAUACUACGGUACAAGAACCCAAACCAUCUUGUUGCUUGACAGGUUUGGGUACCUUAACUACUAUGAGAAAAACAUCCAUAACAGCGAUGACGUCGACGACGACAACAUUGUCUUCAACCACUACAGGUUUAAUAUCGAUCAACAAUAG